AUGCCGGGCAUCUGCCUUGGGGUGCAGGAUGUGCUUCCUCCUCCAAGGAAAGUCAAGGACUCCGAGUUUGUUAGGAGUGGCUGCUUCUGGUAUUCAGAUUCGUUUGUGAACAGCCAGGAAUGGACCCUGAGCCGCUCGGUGCCUGAGCUGAAGGUGGGCUGCCACCCCCAGCUGCAGCACCCCAACCUUUGA